AUGGCUCCCGAUCUCGCGGCCCCGCUGUCUGCACCGCGAUCGCGCCCGCGGGCUGCGACAGCCAUGCAACCGACCACCACAUCUCCCCCGCUCUCAUCGCGACGACCAUCGCAGGUCAUGGGCACCCCGCUCACCUCGCUGCCGGCCAGCGUCUAUACCGGGAGCUCCAACGAGAACGGCAGUGUCAGGUCGGCGUCCGGUAGGCCCAUUACGCCACCCCAAACCACUCACUCCGUCCGACCUGCACUCGAUGCUCGAGCAAGAGCAAGAAGCAAUGGUAGUCCACCAUCCAAUCCAUCCCCUAGACUCCCCAUUGACUCUGCCCAGGUCAACCGGCUCUCGCGCGAGCUCUCCCUCCUGCGCCAGCAAACCGCCUCCGUCGCAUCAACCACCUCGUCCGCCUCCACCACCCCCUUCAACGACUCCGUCGAAUACCUCGCCAACCCAGCAGCCCACCCGGCCACCACCCGCCGCCACCGCUCCUCCUCCAGCCUGAGCGCCUCCUACAUCCCAGCCAUCCAGGAGUCGCGCACCGGCAGCGUCACGGGGAUUGCCCCUUCGCGCGACGCCUGUCUACCGUCGCCCCGGUCGACGGACGCGGCGCGGUCAACACGCAGCCGUGCGCCGUCGUUCACGUCCCCCCGUCAGCCGGACCCCGGAUCGCCCCUGGACAUUAGCGGUGCGUACCCGCACCGGAGCUCGCUGUCGCAGCAGCGGUCCCGCACCGCCUCCAUCACGCGGCCGGAGGAGCUGGAAUCAAUCAAGCGCGAGAACGAGAUGCUGCGCCGGCGGGUGCGCGAGCUGGAGCUGACCGUCAGGAAAUUGCGCGAGGGCGCGGCGCCGAGGGAUGAGCGCUCUGAUGGUGGUAGUGUUCCUUCGGGUGCUGGGCAAGGGAAUGCCAGUUGA